AUGGCGUGUGGAAUUGGAAUGUGUGUGGCAAUCGAUGGUAACCUUCUCAUCAACUACUCUCACCAAAUCCAAAUGCCAACCCUUGAUAAAGCAACAUGGCAGAGAAGAAAAAGUGAAGAAGUUUCUGCAGUAAAGAAACCCAUGCGACUUUGGAUUCUUUGCCACAUGAACAAGUGA